AGCCCUGCGGUCGCCAUGGGUGAUGUGUCGGGCAACUACACCGGCCAGGACGGGCAGCAGCAGGAGCUGCGGCCGACCUUCAUGGGCCCCGGCAACGGCGACCCGUACCGGCGGCUGCUGACGGGCAUGGCGCGGAUGCGGGAGAUGGUGAACGAGCUCUUGGAGGCCGUUCAGAACCCGAUCGAGCCGUCCGACUCCGAGGAGGCCUCGGACGGUGAUGAUGAAGAGGAGCAAGAAGAUGAAAAUAACACUGCUGCUAACAACGGUAACUCAGAAGAACCAUCUGCGAAACGAUUUAAAAAUUCAACUUCAUAAGCUUUCCUGGCUUUUCAAAGACCGCUACUUACUUGCCAUGCACUAACUUAUAGAAGAUCAUGUAUAAUUUGGAAAAACAUGAUUUGUUCCUCUGAGACAAUUAUGUCAAAUUUUUUCCUUCUGUUUGCAGCAAAAGAAGAAAAUAAAAGUUUAGAAAUGAA